CUUCUCCCCAAUUAACUCCGAUUCUAAGCGACACGUUUUGACCAAAUCUAAUUUGAAUCUUGAAUUGAUGGAGACCGAUUCAUGUCCGAUCCCAAAUUUUAAAACCUAAGGAAACAAUGAAUCGAGGAAGAGUAAGAGAGGAGGAGGGAGGGGGAGGGGGCUAAGUCAGUCCACCCUUUACCACCAUUCCAGUGUAAACAACCAUCAGCCAGUUGUGGGAAAGACCCAGGCUUUGACUGCCAAGUCAUGGGCCAGCACUAUCGUGCUCUUGUGUUCAUGUGGGGGCCGGAUAUCGUCCUUGCAUUCAUAAACUACUGCAUGAGGAUGCAAAUGUCAGAGACCGCACGGUUUGUAUGUAAUGACAAAAGCAAUGCACAAGCAAGUGGCAUUGAUGGUGACAAAGUAAGAUAAUUCUCUUGAUAAGAUUGACUGGGUUUAGGCAAUUGUGAAGAGCAUACUGCUGCAUACUGAACUACCAACGACUGAAAUCCUUUGCAUGUCUUGAGAGUUUGCUGAUGGCUUUUAAUGAAUCUGUGUCACUGUGCUUGGCUGCCAUAACCACUCCCUACAGCUUAAUCCUACAUUAGUGUAUACAGAUUGGCAAAAAAAAAAUGCGAAUCCUGAAGCACCAGGAUGCCCGGCACCACAUGCGUGCUCUCCUUUCCUCAAAUGCUUCGUUUUCAUCUCGUCAUUCUCAAUCUGAUGCUUUCCUUUCAGACAAAGCCUACACUCUUCUCAAGAUGUACCCCAACCAACUCGACUCAUUAGCUUCCCAGUUCACCCCACAAGCAGCUUCCCUCCUCCUCCUCAAAUCCCAAUUCGAUCAAACCCUAACCCUGAAAUUCCUCAAUUGGGCUCGCAAUCAUUCCUUCUUGGAUAUUCAAUGCAAAUGCCUUACUCUUCACAUUCUUACCAGAUUUAAUCUCUACAAGAUGGCCCAAUCCAUUGCCGAAGUUAUGGUUUCUGAGGAGGAUGACUGCUCUUCAAUCUUUGAGUGCCUGAAAUCGACUUACCAUCUUUGCAACUCCAGUUCUUCUGUUAUUGAUCUCCUGGUGAAGUCAUAUGCUCACUUGACCAUGGUUCGGAAAGCUUUAAUUACUAUUGAUUUAGCAAAAUAUCAUGGUUUUAUGCCUGGCAUCUUGUCGUACAAUUCUGUACUUGAUGCAAUGUUCAGGUCUCGGGAUUCGGCCUCGUUGGCAGAGGAGUUUUAUGGAGAGAUGAUCAGAUCUGGAGUGUCUCCUAAUGUAUAUACUUAUAACAUUCUGCUCAGAGGUUGUUGUGUUGAAGGGAAAUUGGAUAAGGCUUUUGAAGUUUUCAGUGAGAUGGAGAGUAAGGGUUGUGCCCCAAAUGUAGUCACAUUCAACACUUUGGUUGAUGGAUCCUGUAAACUGGGAAAGAUCAAUGAAGCAUUCAGGUGGUUCGAAUUAAUGUCUCAGAGGGGUUUGCAGCCAAAUCUGAUUUCCUAUAAUGUCAUUAUUAAUGGAUUGUGCCGAGAAGGUAGGAUUAAGGAAACACAUGGUGUGCUUGAGGAAAUGGGUAGGAAGGGUAUGGUUCCUGAUAAGGUCACUUAUAACACACUUGUUAAUGGGCACUGCAGGGAAGGGAACAUCCAUCAGGCACUUAUAUUACAUGCAGAGAUGAUCAGGAUGGGGAUAAGCCCGAAUGUUGUUACUUACACAGCCUUGAUCAAUAGCAUGUGUAAGGCCGGAAAUCUAAAUCGAGCUAUGGAGUUCUUGGAUGAGAUGCGGCUCAGAGGACUUUGUCCCAAUGAGAUAACCUAUACCACCUUGAUUGAUGGCUUUUCUAAGCAAGGAUAUUUGAAUGAAGCAAAUCAAGUUUUGAAGGAAAUGACUGAGAAUGGAUUCUCACCUUCUAUUGUUACUUUUAACGCGUUUAUCAAUGGAAGCUGCAUCUUGGGAAGAAUGGAUGAAGCUCUGCGGGUCAUCCAAGAUAUGAUAGCAAGGGGUUUGGACCCAGAUGUAGUAAGUUAUAGCACAAUUAUAACUGGUUUCUGCAGAAACCGAGAUUUGGACAAGGCAUUUGAAAUGAAGCAGGAGAUGGUUGGAAAGGGUGUAUUUCCUGAUGCUGUCACUUAUUCAUCACUGAUUCAAGGUCUCUGUGAACAGAGUAGACUUGUUGAAGCUUGCAACCUAUUCCAUGAGAUGUUGAGCAUGGGGCUGCCUCCAGAUGAAUUUACUUAUACGACUCUGAUCAAUGGUUAUUGCAUGGAAGGGGAUGUAAAUAAAGCUCUCAUUCUGCAUGAUGAAAUGAUACAAAAGGGUUUGCUUCCGGAUGUUGUCACCUACAGUGUGCUUAUAAAGGGGCUCAGUAAACAAGCUCGGACUAGGGAAGCAAGGCAGCUCUUGUUCAGGUUGUUUUAUGAUGAGUCCGUUCCUAGUGAUGUAACAUAUGAUACACUAAUUGGUCAUUGCAGUAAUACUGAAUCUAAGAGCAUGAUAGCUCUCAUAAAGAGUUUUUGUAUGAAGGGAUUGAUGGAUGAAGCAGAUCAAGUUUUUGAAUCAAUGACUCAGAGAAACUGGAAGCCUAAUGAAGCAGCCUACAAUGUAAUUAUACAUGGGCACUCUAGAAGUGGGAAUGUGCGGAAAGCAUUUGGACUGUAUGAGGAAAUGACAAGAUUAGGUUUCAUUCCUAACAUUAUUAGUGUUCUUGCCCUGAUAAAAGCUCUUUUUAAUGAGGGAAUGAACAAUGAAUUAAGUCGAGUCAUAAAUGAUAUCUUGAGGAGCUGUAGAGUUGCUGAUGCUGAGAUUUCGAAAAUUCUUGUCGAGAUAAACCAUAAAGAAGGGAACAUGGAUGCUGUUUUUAAUGUCCUAACUGAAAUGGCUAAGAAUGGGCUCCUCCCUAAUGGUGGGGAAAAAGCAAUAUCAACAGUAUAAAAGGAACUUCUCCUUGCAAUAUCUUGAUUUUGGGGGUUGCUGACUAAGAACAGUCAAGAUGGUGAAGUUUACUGCAGAGGAGCUACGCAGGAUUAUGGACCGGAAACACAACAUUCGUAACAUGUCUGUUAUUGCCCAUGUGGAUCAUGGUACUAAUUCUUUUUUUGAGUUUACUCUUGGCUGCCUAAUCUCUUAUGUUGCCUAUGAUUCUCCAUUUUUCAGGGCAACGAUACUGUUUAAAUUUUGUUAGCAAGCUUGUUUUCAGGGCUAUAAAAAAGCAUCCACUUGAAAAUAUUUUUCCAUGAACAUAGAAAGCAUCCAUAAAGAAUUUAAACAGUAAAUCUCUUAUGUUGCCUAUGAUCCAGUUGUUUCUUUCCAUGAGACUGUCCUUGAGAAGUCAUGCCGUACUGUGAUGA